AUGCGGGAGGGCCAGCGCAGCAUUGAGGAGCUCAUGGCUGAGCUGUGCUUGGGAGGACAGCCCGGACUACACGAGUUUUGCCGGCUGCAGGACGGGUUUGAGCUUAACGGCACAUACAGAAGCGGUAGAGGGUUAGGGCUGAUGGUUCUAGUUGCAACACAGCUAAUUGCGUGUCUUGAGCGGCUGCUUGGGAAGGAGACAAGUCGUGCAGUUUCAUCACAUAUAUGUCAUACGCUGGAACUGCUGCAAGGAAGUCUGCUUUUGCACCCAGCAUCACGGAGCCUUUUUACACGUCAUAUUAAUAUGAAUAUUCUACUUGAUCUCCUUGAGCCGCAAUUGGAGCCAGAUGUGCAUAUUGCAACGCUUGCAACACUGGUGGCGGCAUUAGUUGAUCGGUGGGAUAAUGUUCGGGUAUUUGAGUCAUUGGACGGUUUAGCAUCAGUGGCAUCUCUUAUGAAAUCCAAAAAUUCGUCGCAAAAAGUCAAGUUUAAAAUUGCAGAAUUUCUUUAUUUUUAUCUUAUUCCGGAGCCCGUAUUUUCUGGGCCUAUAACGAAUAAAAAGCUUGAUAUACGCCGCUCCACCGAGGAAAAAGAAUCAAUGCUUGCAAAAUACCUACAUAACGUACGCAAUCUUGUAAAGGACUUACAAGAACUUACGCCUUUUGGAAAAUUAUGA